AUGGCACCAAACGCCGGGGAGAAGCUCCUGCCCGAUGACCUCGCCUUCACGGACAAUGACGUCUUCACCACUCCGCUCUCGCCCCGCGAAGAGCUUCUCGCCGCCCGCAUGGCUGAUGACCCGUUCCUGUAUAAUGCCUCAUUUCCUUAUCGACCGCCCUUUGCGGAACACCAUGACAGCGCUAGCCUGGGCUGGGAGAACCUGAGGCGCGCCAUAGAGGCCCUUCACAUUCUUGAGAAAAGGCAAUCCUGUCCGACGAGUAUGAACAGCUGCGAUUACAUCGGGGCGCCGAACAAGUGCUGCCUGAGCAACGAGGUGUGCGUGAAGGUCGUCGAUGAGCACGUUGGGAACGUCGCCUGCUGUCCAAAGGGCGCCGCCUGCAGUGGAGCUGUUGCGGCGUGUCCCAGCGGCACUACAAGCUGUGAUGCCGAAAUGAGCGGUGGAUGUUGCAUUCCAGGAUACAUCUGUCAAGGUGUUGGCUGCGUGCCAAGCCCUCCUCCGACACCGACUCAGACGCCCACAGGCACUGGCGGAAGUGGAGGAGGAGGAGGAGGAGGAGGUGGCGGCGGUGGAGGAGCAGGCACGACAGUCGUGCAGACGAUCACCACGACAUCCGUCUCGACAACAACACUCGUAGACGGGAGAACCACGACCGUACAUGUGACGGUGGUCGUGACGGUGACUCCCGGGGGGGCGUCCACGAGAAGAACCACGACCAGCACCGCAAACCCCGAGGAGCCCUCAGCAACGGCUCCGGGACCUACAACGACUACCACGGGUACCGCGGUGCCUCCUUUCCGGCCCACGUCCACCGACUCGAACGAGCCGCCGAUCACACCAUCGUACUGCCCGACCGGAUUUUAUGCCUGUCUCGCCCGUGCUGGCGGAGGCUGCUGCCAGACUGGCCGUGACUGCGCCACCACUUCGUGCCCGCCUACGGCAUCGACCACCAUUAUCAGCAACGGCGUCACCGUCGUCGUUCCCGUCACCGACGUGCCGGAGCCCCAGGCGACGGAGACCUGCGCCAACGGCUGGUUCUUGUGCGGCGACGAGGGCGGUCCUGUCCCCGGUUGCUGCCCUAGCGGGUACGAGUGCGGUACCGCGAGCUGCUCGAGUAUUUCACCGACGCGCACUGGUGAAAUCCAGAAGCAUUUCCCUGGUUCGGGGGCCCCGAGGGUUGCGGCAUCGUUGGCUGUCGUGGCCAUCCCAUUUAUCGUUGCGUUGUUUUAA